AUGGCUACUCAGUCUACACUGAGAGGCUCGGCAGAUCCGCUGGCUGCUAUGUUAAAGCAGUACUCAGACAUCAUCCGACAACGCCUUCGAAGCACAUCAAAAGCGACAAGACUACUUGCGACAUUGAUCUUGACAAUAUCUGUCAUAGCAACUGGUGCAGGUGGAAGGAAAUGGUGGAAGAAACGGAAUGCGGAAAAAGAACAGGGUAGGAGACUGCUUCGCAGGAAUUCUGGGCUGCGAAACAAGGACGGUUCUCGGGUUAUAUUCGUUCCUUAUGGGGACUCAACCUCAAAGGUUACCAUAUCCCCCACGAAACCGACGACAUUCGAUGCACACAGGCGGCUGUUCCUGAACCCUCCGCGGGCUUCUGGCCUUGCGAACGGGAACACACCUCAAAUUCCGCCAGCAAAUGCGAAACCAGGACUGAACCUCGCAUUCUUACACCAAUUUCUUAGUCUGCUGAGUAUCAUGAUACCUCGCUGGACGAGUAAGGAGACUGGUCUGCUUCUGAGCCAUGGAAUGUUUUUGAUGCUUCGCACGUACCUAUCUUUGGUGGUAGCACGACUAGAUGGAGAAAUCGUACGAGAUCUCGUUGCAGGUAAUGGCAGGUCAUUUAUAUGGGGGAUCAUCAAGUGGUGUGGCAUUGGCAGCUUCGCAAGCUAUACAAACGCCAUGAUCAAGUUCCUACAAUCCAAGGUAUCGAUAGCAUUCCGUACCCGUCUCACGAGGUACAUACACGACCUUUACCUCAACGACAAUCUCAACUACUAUAGAUUGACAAAUAUGGACGGUGGAAUUGGACAGGGCGCAGACCAGUUCAUUACCCAGGAUUUAACGCAUUUUUGCGCUUCGGCUGCAGGGUUAUAUUCCUCGCUAGGGAAACCAUUUGUCGAUCUUGUGGUCUUCAAUUAUCAGCUAUAUCGAUCACUUGGGCCUCUAGCAUUCGCUGGAUUGCUGAGUAACUAUAUUCUGACAGCCAGUCUUCUCAGGAGACUCUCACCACCAUUUGGUAAACUAAAAGCGGUAGAAGGCCGCAAAGAGGGCGACUUUAGGGCUUUACACUCUCGGCUGAUUGCAAAUGCCGAAGAGGUUGCAUUUUAUGGUGGCGCGAGUAUGGAAAAGACAUUUUUAGACAAGGAGUUCAAGAGCUUAAAGAGGUGGAUGGAGGGCAUUUAUACCCUGAAGAUCCGAUAUAAUAUUUUAGAGGACUUUGUACUGAAAUAUAGUUGGAGUGCGUAUGGGUAUCUCCUCAGUUCUCUCCCUGUUUUCUUACCAGCAUGGGGAGGUCUUGGAGGUAUUCAGGAGCUGGCGGACGCUUCUGUGAGUGGUGGAAGAGAGAGAGGUCGAAUGAAGGAGUUCAUCACCAAUAAACGUCUCAUGCUUUCACUAGCUGACGCCGGUGGACGAAUGAUGUACUCGAUCAAGGACCUGUCUGAACUCGCGGGAUAUACCAGCCGAGUAUACACCUUGAUCUCCACUCUGCACCGAGUCCAUGCGAAUGCCUAUUUCCCACCUCAAGGCACGCACCCAGAGCUCUUUUCUUUGUCUGAUGUGCAGGGCACGAUCCAAAAAGGAUUUGAUGGUGUCCGUCUGGAAAACGUACCUAUCGUAGCUCCAUCCGUUUUCCCUCAUGGGGGCGAGGAGCUUAUUGAUUCUCUCUCCAUGAUUGUCCAUUCAGGAGAACAUCUUCUUAUAUCGGGACCAAAUGGUGCUGGAAAGAGCGCUGUUGCACGUAUCGUAGCCGGUCUCUGGCCAGUAUACCGUGGGUUGGUUUCCCGUCCAAGAAGCAUAGGAGCAGAUGGAAUCAUGUUUCUUCCACAACGAUCCUACCUGUCCGUCGGCACUUUGCGAGAUCAAGUAAUAUACCCUGAUGGUGAAAUCGAGAUGCGCGAUAAAAAUCGCCGCGAUAUCGAAUUAAAACGCGUGCUGGAGGAAGCUCGAUUAGGCUAUCUCCCUGACCGUGAAGGUGGCUGGGAUACCAGAAAGGAGUGGAAAGAUGUGCUUAGCGGUGGUGAAAAACAGAGAAUGGCAAUCGCCCGACUACUGUAUCAUGAACCGCGAUAUGCUUUUAUUGAUGAGGGUACGAGUGCUGUGAGUAGCGACGUGGAGGGUUUGCUGUAUGAAAGAUGCAAGGAGAAGGGAAUUACACUCAUCACUAUAUCCACUCGUGCAUCUCUGAAACGAUAUCACACCUUCAACCUCUCGCUCGGUAUGGGUGAGGAUGGGACGGAGUGGGAAUGGGAACGCAUCGGUACCGUAGAGGAGAAGAUGGGUGUAGAGAGGGAGUUGCAACAACUUCGGGAACGUCUCGAGAAGGUCAAGGAGUGGGAGUCUAGGAAAGGAGAGAUUGAGGAGGAACUGAAUAAGGUGUGGGUUGAGGGUGGGGAAGAAUUGGACGAUCCCGCAUUUGUUACUGGUGAUGAAGGGGAGGGUUGA